AGCUGGGAACCAGAAGGGAGGGGAGCUCCCUUGGCUGUGGACGUGGGGUGAGCCGGGGCUGGAGGUGCACGUGGAUGCAUCCAGAAGGACCAGCAGAGGUGGAGCCAAUGCCCUCCAACACCAGUACCCCAUCCCUCUGUCUCCACAGUGGUCCAUGGUUCGCCCUGAGAAGCAGGAUGAGCAGUGGUCCCCCUCAAUCUCUGCUUCUGCUUCAUAGUGGGCUGAAUCUUCUCACUGAUCCCCACCUGCUGAGAUGCCACCUUGUUUGCAGCCUGGACAGGCCCUGCUGUCACUUUGUCACUUCCCAGCUUGCAGGAAGCCACCAUGUGUGUUCACAUCCCGGAGUCCCUGCACCAGCACUUGCAGGUCCUGAAAGCUGGAGGAUCCCCUGCAGCUUGUGCCGGGGAAUGUGUCAGGAAGGGUCUUGUACUGCAUGCUUGCCCACUUGGUGCUGACACCGUGUCCGGAGCAGGGACCUGUGCCACUGCCAUAGGAUGCCCCACACCUGCUCCUUUUAAAGCUGUUUGUAGAACAUGGAUCUGUUAUAGUGAGUCCAGAGGAGGCCAUGGAGACAAUGCGAGGGCUGGAGCGCCUCCCAUACGAGGACAGGCUGAGAGAGUUGGGGUUGUUCAGUCUGGAGAAGAGAAGGCUGCGGGGACACCUUAGAGCGGCUUCCAGUGCUGAAAGAGGCUCCAGGAGAGCUGGGGAGGGGCUCUGGAUCGGGGAGUGCAGGGAGAGGAUGAGGGGGAACAGUUUUGAACUGCAAGAGGGGAGAUUGAGAUGAGAACUUAAGAAGAAAUGUUUGUUGUGAAGGUGGGGAGACCCUGGCCAUCCAGAGCAGUGGUGGCUGCCCCAUCCCUGGAGGUGUUGAAGGCCAGACUGGAUGGGGCUUUGAGCAACCUCUUCCGGUGGGAGUUGUCCCUGCCCAUGGCAGGGGUUUUGAACUGGAUGAGCUUUGAGGUCCCUUCUCAUACAAACCAUUCUAUGAUUCAGCUCAGUUUUCCAACUGGGAUGGUGCUGGUGAGGUGUGAGGAGGCAGCUGAGGAUAAGAACCAGAUUGCAGCAGGCAAUGGGAAAGUGGCACGCAUCUGGAGCCAGCUUGGAGCAGCACAAGUGCCGGCUGUACUGGAAAGAGUCCGACUGGUCCCAGCAGAGCGGCACUUUGGUGGGGGCCACUGUACCCUUGUCCCCUGUGGAGUCCCUGCCUGUGUCUUGUCCUGCCUGAGUUUUGUAUCUGGGAUGCCCAGUUAUUGUGCAGCAGUGCGUGCUGUGUCAUGUGUCACUCAUCUGGAUGUCACCUUUGGGUGGACUGGAGAUGCCUUGGCCAACCUGGCUAAGGACAGGAACUCACUGGAAUGCUCCCUUCAUUUUCCUUGCAGAACUGGUCUGGGAAAACACAUCCCAUGGAAAAGUGGUGCCAGGCAGAAAGGUGCUACAGGGCAGGCAGGGGUUUUCCCAGCUCAGCCUUUGCUCAUUGCCCCUGUGCCCUGCACUGCCCCAGUCCCUGGGCUGUCACCGUGCGGGGAAGGAGCGAUGCAGGGUGACAGGCAGGGAGGAGGCAGCAUGCAUGUCACCUCACUGGAGCUGCCAGGCUGAUGGCAGUCCUGGUGCUGAGUGCUGGCUCACAUGCAGCUGGGCGUGUAAUCUGCUUAUGGGGGCACCCAUGCUGCCCGGGGCUCUCGGUGCCAUAAAUCCUUGUUCCUGACAGAAUUGUGGGGUAGGGAAGUGAUGUGUGUUGUAGGGAGCAAUGCCUGCACCAGAUGAUGGGGAUUUGGGGCGUGAGGGGGCACUGCUGGUGGAGUGCAGACCUUGGCCAGGCUGGUGGGUGCUGCAGCCUGGGAUUGUAGUGGGGAAAGGGGCUCAAAGUCAUUGGGGAGCUCCUUUAGAGAGGUGCAGCUCAGCCAAGGGUAGUGGCAUUGCUCCCUGGGCCCUGAGCGGCGAUGGCUGAGGAGGAUGCCAGGGGCUCUGCCACCAGUGCUGAAGCUGGGAGUGGGCAGAUCCAGCACUGGGUUAGGAGCGUGGUUGGGACCAGGGUUGCUGUGGACCCGCACAGAAGUAUCCAAGCCCCUCCGUGUCUGGCAGGCUUGUGGUUCCUGGGACCUGUCCUGGCACCAGCCGGUGCUUGAGGGCUUUUUAGGGCUUACCUGGGGGAGACAGCCCUUCCACUGGAUCUUGGCUCUGUGGCUGAGCUGCUCUGGUGCAUUUUGACGUGCAUUCAAGGUGAAUCAUGGUUUGGGCCGCCCUGCACUUUGACAGCUCAGGUGCCCUCCUGAGGCUCCUCCUGAGGCACUGUUAACCCUUUGCCUCUGCAGGGAUGAGCCAGGGAAGCUGCAGCUCCUGCCAGAGAUCUCUGUUGUGGGCAUCUUCCUUGGUUCUCCCAGCCCAGAGCUGGGUCCUUCCUAGCAGAACACAUCAGACCCAGCCAGAGAAGUGACUUUGAAGCUGUGUUGGGAAUCUUUAAUUGUUGGUGCAAAAGUAUUGAGUUUUCAAAGAGCCUUUCAUGGGAAACUGAAUUUCUCCCCUUGAAGAGGCUGAGGGGCAAUGCCGGGGUGGCUGGAGGAUCCUUUGGGUAGUGAGUGGGAGAGGACCUAGCGUGCGCUGGGACAGAGCAGGCCUUUGUCCUGGGAUAGAAGGGUUUGCCAGGGCUGAAUGUCCUCCUGGGCUGGAGCCGAGCUGUGCGCUUAGUCCAAGGUGGGGGUGGCCGUGGUGGUGAUGGUGAUGAAGCUCGCUGGGACCUGCCUUGCCACCUUCUUGGCCAACAGCAUUUUGGCAUCUUGCUGAGUGGACAGGAGCUGGUUUUGGCUCUGCUCAGGGCUCCCUGUUCCGCUCUGUGCCGCCCUCACUGUUCCUGCCCCCUUCACCGGCAGGAGCUGUGCCUGGGUGCUGUGGGUGCUGGACCACAGGGCCUGCCCAGGGUGGAGUUUAUGCUAAUGCCACUCCCCAUCCCUUCACGCAGCUGGUGCCGCUCACUCGCAUCCUUUUCCAGCCACGGGCGACACUGGUUCUGCCAUGGCAUCCUGCCCCGAGCUGCAGCCUGGGCAAGAGGCCAUGGGAUGUGUGGCGGUCCUGGCUACCCCAGAAGACCCCAAGGAGCAAUGGGUUGUCCAGGGGGAUGGUCCCCAUCCCUGUGCCCUGGAGUGCCAGGAGCUGGCUGCUGUCCCCACACUGCAAGCUAUAAAGCAUUUCCUGAAGCAGGACUCGGAGGAGGCUGAGCUCACCCAGCUCUUGCAGGAUUGCCCAACCACUGACAGCCCCAGGAAGGUGGAAACCCCAGAGAGCCGGCAGGAGCCUGUCCACUCACUCUGCAGCGUGGGCAGGGUCCCCCCUGAUGAACCUGACGAUGAGAGGGACUCCAGGACCUUCUCCCGGUCUCGGCCCUUGGAUUUUCAGCAGCACAUCGCCGCCCCCCUGCCCCCGAGCCCCAGUCGCCCGCGGAGCCCCUGGGGGCAGCUGGACCCCUAUGACUCCUCAGAGGAUGACAAAGAGUACGUGGGCUUCGCCACGCUGCCCAACCAGGUCCAUCGGAAGUCAGUGAAGAAGGGCUUCGACUUCACCCUCAUGGUGGCAGGUGAAUCGGGGCUGGGCAAAUCCACCUUGGUCAACAGCCUCUUCCUGACUGACAUGUACAGAGACCGCAAGCUGCUGAACGCUGAAGAGCGCAUCACGCAGACAGUGGAGAUCACCAAGCACGUGGUGGAUAUUGAGGAGAAGGGUGUCAAGCUGCGCCUGACCAUCGUAGACACGCCAGGCUUUGGUGAUGCUGUCAACAACACCGAGUGCUGGAAGCCAGUGGCAGACUACAUUGACCAGCAGUUCGAGCAGUAUUUCCGUGAUGAAAGUGGCCUCAACCGGAAAAACAUCCAGGACAACCGAGUCCACUGCUGCAUCUACUUCAUCUCACCCUUCGGCCAUGGACUCCGGCCCCUGGACGUGGAGUUCAUGAGAGCCCUGCACCAGCGGGUGAACAUCGUACCUGUGCUAGCCAAGGCUGACACCCUGACACCCGCUGAGGUGGAGCGCAUGAAGAACAAGAUCCGUGAGGAGAUCGACCAGUAUGGCAUCCGCAUCUACCAGUUCCCUGAGUGUGAUUCUGAUGAGGAUGAGGAGUUCAAGCUGCAGGACCAGGCACUGAAGGAGAGCAUCCCCUUUGCUGUCAUCGGCAGCAACACGAUCGUGGAAGCCAAAGGCCGGCGCAUCCGCGGGCGCCUCUACCCCUGGGGCAUUGUGGAAGUAGAGAACCCAUCCCACUGUGACUUCGUGAAGCUGCGGACGAUGCUGGUGAGGACCCACAUGCAGGACCUCAAGGACGUGACCCGGGAAACCCACUAUGAGAACUACCGCACACAAUGCAUCCAGAGCAUGACCCGCAUGGUGGUGAAAGAGAGGAACCGCAACAAGCUGACACGGGAGAGCGGGACGGAUUUCCCCAUCCCUGUCAUCCCCUCGGUGUCAGAUGCGGAAACGGAGAAGCUCAUCCGGGAGAAGGAUGAGGAGCUGCGACGAAUGCAGGAAAUGCUCCAGAAGAUCCAGAAGCAGAUGAAGGACUCGCACUAGCCCCCUCCUCCUCCUCGCUGCUCCCCGGCCCUAGACCAGAACUGUUUACACCAUAUUCCAUCCUGCGCCAGCCUCGCCGUCAGACUCUGUUACCAACACCACACCUGCACCUUAAGCUGCUGCGGUUCCGCCUUAUCCGAUCGGCCAAUACCCAGGGAGAGCAAGGGACCAGGGCACCCAGCCUCAGCACCCAGGUUGCUGCCCUGCCACCCUCCAGGCUGGGGACAGCUUUGUCCCCUGAGCUUUGACUUUCCCUGUGCCCCUUGCAGCUCGGGGAGGGACCCCAGCCCGCCUGCUCCCCACAGUGUGGCUCUUGUCCCUGCACCCCCUCAAGCCACCUUUGUGCUCAGCUUGGCCCUGGCUUAAGGGAAGAGGAAAAGGAGGGCUGGACUCCCCGCUGAGGGGGACAGAUCUGCUCCCCUCUGGUCUUGGCUGGCACAGAGGGACAGCGGCUCCUGGUGACUGCAGGGGGUGGAGGGGCAGCCAUCAGCCUGGCUGUGAUGGCAGCUGGAGCUCAGCCCCUUCUUGGCUGCCUCCGUGCCAGCCCUGCUCUGAGGAGGGUCUGAACUCCAUGGUGUCCAGCUCUGCCCUCAGCAGGGACCCUGUCCCCACUGAGUGUGUCCACUUGGAAGUCUCUUGGGUCCCGGGGCGGUUGGAGCACUGGGGAACAACAGUGUCCAAAGCAAGUCCCCUGAACCCCAAAUCAGAGGCUAGGUCACCAGCCUGGUCACCCCUUGAUGCUGGCCCUGUAAAGCAACACUGACUGUCCCCGGACCACCAGUGUUUUCUGACGUGCAGCAUCAGCAUCAGCCUUCACUGCUGUUUUGGCCCUUGGUGCCACUUGUUUGUCUAUGGUGUCCCUGUAUGUCCCCAAGAUUCCCAUGUUGCUUCCUGGAAGAGCAUCCCUGUGUGUCCCUCACGGAUGUCCCCACCCAUGUUGCUUCCCAGCAAAGCACCGUUGUGUGUCCCCAUCCUGCUCUGUGAGGUCCCCAUCGGUGUUGCUGCCCUGCAGAGCACUACAGCCUGUCCCCCCGCAGAGUGUCCCCACCUGUGUUACUAUGCUGUGCCCCCCCUCCCCCUUCCUCAGAGGACUGCUGCUUUCCCACAGAGCAUUAUGUCACGUCCCGGUGUCUCUCUAGGAUGUCCCUAUCCAUGUUGCUUCCUGGCAAAAGCACCACUGCAUGUCCCUGAGGCAAGUCCUGCCCUGCCCCUCCCGGCCAGUGGCCACAGGGCACCCUGGGGAGAUGGACCCUGCCAGCUCCCUGCUCCCCUCGGGCACGGAGAAAGAUGCAGCUGCAGGGUGGAGGCAGAACUGAGAGCACUGGGAUCAGCAGGAGCUUGUUGGCAGGGCGAUGUGUUCCCUCCCCAGUGGGGCUGUCUGAGCCACUGGUGGCUUCAUCCCUGGAAGAGGGGUUUGCAUCCAGGCAACUCGGCUGGUGAGGGCUCCAUGUGGCUCAGAGGAGGGUGGGCAGCGUUGGUGUGGGGCAGGGUCUGGCCUGGGCCACCCGAAGGGUCCUUUGACCCCUGUGGGCAGGGUGCGUUAGAGCUUUCCUUUUUUAAAUCUUGCUAUUUUCUUACAGAGGUACCUCCCUUCGCAUGGCGGUCGUAGAGGCAUUUAUUAACGGAUAAGUAGAGUAUAGGUUUAUAAUUCUUAUAGAGCUCGUGGAAAUAUUUUUAUCCCUCCACAACCAUUCUCAAUAAAUAUGGCUGACCCAGCUUGUUCGCAACCCCGCGUAGCUUCCUCGUGGGUGUGGGCACUCCA